AGAGAUGCGUUAAACAUAUGUAUUAUUGUGUAUAAUUUCCUCUACGACUUUUUAGUUGAACCAGCAGGACCGGAGCCCAUACUAAGGAUAAGAUAAGAUUUUUACAAAUGUAGACAACAUAUGCAUUAUGGCUUCUUGUUCAUAAUUCAUGUUCUGUUUUUCUUAUGACAUCAUCUUAAAUCACCUUUGAUGUCUUUUAUCAGACCAGCAUUUGGAUCUCAUAGCAACUGAAGCAUUUCCUUUUGCCACUUCCUAAGCGAAACCAAUGGACUGUGUUUCUGAUAAUAGAAAAACACAAGAACAACAAGAAGAUAAAGAACCUAUUAAUCUCAAAAACUACUUAAAUUUCAUUUCGACACUUCGGAAAAGAAAUGGUUGGGAAAUGACUUUUUAUCAGUACAAGGGUUUCUGGUACCCACACGAUUGUGUUCUUCGCAUGUUGUUAGCUGAAGAGAGUUUCAAGCCUCGACCUAAUGACAUCGUCUUGUGUUCUUUCCCUAAAUCAGGUACAACUUGGCUUAAAGCUCUAGCUUUCGCCAUCCUCACUCGCUCCGAUCACUUCACAGGCAUCAAUACAUUUCCACACGACACGGUUCCCUUCAUUGAAAUUGACGGAAUUCCCAGUCCAAGAACUCCACUUGUUGCGACCCACAGUAAUUACUCUUCUUUACCAUCAUCCAUCGCGGAUUCAGGUUGUAAAAUUGUUUACAUAUGUAGGGAUCCAAAGGAUGUGCUUGUAUCUUUCUGGCAUUUUUUUAAAAAAUUUGCAUAUGUUAAUCCUGAAACUUACCCUAGUCUAGAACAAGGGUUUGAGUUAUUCUGCGAAGGAGUUAUUACUGCUGGACCGUAUUGGGAACAUGUUUUAGAGUAUUGGAAAGCGAGUUUAGAAUUUCCGGACAGAGUGUUGUUUUUGGUGUACGAAGAAAUGAAGAAGGAUAUUGUUUCUGUUGUUAAAAAGCUGGCUGAGUUUAUGGGCUACCCUUUUAGCAUGGAGGAAGAGGGACAGGAUUUGGUGCAAAAGAUUGUAGAUUCUUGUAGUUUUGAAGGUUUGAGUAAUUUGGAUAUCACUAAAAAUGGAGUGCAAUGGUCAAAUUAUGAGUUUGCUGUUCCUAAAAGUUUCUUCUUCAGAAAAGGUGAAGUUGGGGAUUGGAAGAAUCAUCUUACACAAGAGAUGGCGGACCGUUUGGAUCAAAGAACUCGCGAUAAACUAAGUGCCGCUGGUUUCAAUUUUUUCGCGCAUCAGUAAUCCCUCUGCUUCAAUCCUAGCGUGGAAUAAUUUCACUUAUUAUAAGAUUGUGUUCGGAGACAUAUCUGGUGCAUUCUUCCUCUCAAGUGUUCAAUAAUAAAAUGAAAACUGAUGGAUGGAAGGGUUUGUUCAGAUGAAAUUUGGUUAAUGUGAUUCGGGUUCGCCUAGCAGGGCCAUAGAGAUAAUACAGUUCCUGAGUAUUAGUUUUAAAAUAACUGUGAUUCAGAUGAAAAGUAUUUAGCUUUAAGAAGUAUUGUUGGUAAAUUACAUAUUUAGUGGGAAGAUUUUGCAUGUUCUGUUUCAUUAAUGUCAUCCUUUGUUUGUUUCAGUUUAGCUGUUUGUUUUCUUCAUAAUUUUACCGAAGACAAAGAAGUAAGUCAACAAUAGAUAUGA